AUGGCAGGUGAUUCUCCUUUACCUUCACCUCAACAACAGCAAAAAGAUCAAAAAAAGACUCCUUCGCCGCCUUCUUCGCAAGAAUGGUCCAUUCUAGAAGAAACGUUGCUUUUAAAGGCCAUUUGCCAAGGAUUAAGACCUGUGGGAACAGAAAAACAUUUCCAUAUGAUUGGAAUGCUACGAAUGAUUCAUGAAGGGUGUCAAACCUCGACUAAGCGUGUGCAAGAUGUUUGGGAUAAAGUAGGGACGCUGUAUAAUUUACAGGAAUUUGAACGAUUGGAAGCCGUUCCUUCACCGUCUGCCGGUGAAAAGCGGAAACGCGAUGCAAAAAUUGACGACGCAAAAGAAGAUUUUCAAAAUGAUUUUGAAAUUCCAAAAUUUAUAUUAAAUUCUACAAAAAACCCACCUGCCUCUUCGACAUCUACUCCUAAGGCUAGUGGUGCUAACACAGGCGAGAAAAAGUUGACUCGAUCGAGUAUGGCCGCUUCUACGGCUCCUGAUAAACAAGAGAGUAAGCAGGAACCUGUAGUAGAAGAACCCAAUGUAAAAGAUGAAAAAGAUGAGGCUACCUUGGAAGAACCGCCGAGCAAGCAAUUGCGUUCCUCUACCUCGAAACCAACAACACCCUUGAAAAAUCAUGAUACUUCGUCUACAAAGGAAAAGCCAAAAACUCAAGAGAAAACAGACACCAUGGGGAAGACACCGUCAGAAAAGUCUUCUACCAAUACGCGAGCAGCUUCUCAAAAACAAUCCGAAAUAACGAAUCCAUCUCCACCAAUUCGACGAAGCACACGAAGUCGAAGAACAUAA